AUGAAAGGUCUUCGGAUUCUCGGCAAGCCUGAGAUAUCACAGAUCGCAAGGUUGGAUACCUCAUCUUUGGUUUUGGUUCAUCUGCGCCUGCGCUCACUGCCUGAGUAUGGUACCAUCGCCAAUCUUGUGGAGGAGUAUCUUCAAGCCUAUUACAUUGACCGCAGAGAGUUCCUAAAUCGGCUGGAUGUUGUCUUUGACUUGGAAAGCUCAGAGGCCACAGAAGGUCAUUAUCUUCAUAUGCUCGACAUAGUGUCGAAAAUUCGAUCCUACAAGCCUACCCGCAUGCUAAUUCUUAUUUAUACACACUCGCACGACGACACCGGUGACUUGUUUUACAGCAGCCACUGGGUAGGCACAAUUGAUACUUUCUUCAAAAUUGUUGUCUGUGAAGACCUGAUGGCGCUCUCCCGAGAGGUGCCGACAACAUUUGCGCUGCUGGCUUGUGGUUCCGUGGUGUCAAAGGCAGCUCCUGGGGAAGACUUGGUCACAGUUUGUACAUGCUACAAGCUCCCCCGGGUUUUGGCAUUCACAGCACCGGCGCUGUCUUCUAUCAGUGCGGCCCCCUUCUUUUUUGGAUUUGUGCGCAGUGUGUUUAUUGAAGGAGCCACUGUCGGUGACCUGCUGAUGAGCAAACUUCUCGCCAGUUCCGGCCCAUUGGGCAGGCACUCCAGGGUCAUUCUCUUGGAAGGAACCACUCAGGAUCGUGUCAUCAGCCGUGGUGAUGCAACGACUGGUGAUUUGGAUAAGGCCAGGCAUAAGCGAGCACGGGCAGAGUCCUACAAGCUGACCAUCUCAGAGUACAUCUGGGAUCAUCCCAGGAUCAGCCCCUAUGGCAAUCGGGUUCCAAUGCAGUGCGACACUUGUCUUCGCUUAGGCACUUUCGUCUUCUUCGAUCGUAAGGGCACUUCUCCCCAGACUCAUUGCUAUUGCUGCAAGCAUUGCCAUGCUGAGUGGAGCUUUGAGCCUCCGCAGGAUGGCAGGCUUCUGAAGGAGUUCAACCAAGGCGCCUGGGUGAAGGUCAUUCAGCAGUAG